GGGAUUGCCGUUCCUCUCCGUCUCUCUGCUUCUUCUUCUCUCUCUGAAGUUGAUCUGUAAUCGAGCUGCUGUUCCGCGGGUCACGUUAAUUAAUCAUCUGUGGAGAUUGACGAUUAGAAAUGGACGGAAUGACGUUUCCAUGGAUGAGUCGAGACGUUUGAUGGAGGUUUCGUUGGGAAUAAUCAAUGCCAUUCUGAGUCUACAGGAAAUAGCCUUUGGGAUGUUGGAGGAGGAGUGUCAUGCGGUGUGACAGUGCGGGGGUUCCGGGGCUCAUGCAUCGGAAUGCCACAGGGUUCCACGCCGACACCGCUGCUCCUCUUCCUAUUGGCCACGCUGGGAUACGCUAUGGCUGGCCUCCACCUGUGGCCCUCCGUCCAUGUUGCCCUUAGUAACAGCAGUGUGUUCCUCAACUACGACACCGCAGACCACAACGCUUCCUCCGCCUUCCGGAACAUGACCCUAACUCUGGUUGACACGGAAACUAACGCCACCCUGCUCACCAGAACCCUGCCAGCCAACCAAUCAGAGGGGAGAUUAGAAUUCAACUGCUCCUGCUUCCUGUAUGCUGGAACAUUCCGCUUCUGCCUGGAGCAGAUUGACUACACAACCGCCAAUGCUAAUGCUAACGGUAAUGCUAAUGCUAGCGUAACGGAUAGAGAUUGGAAUGCGGUUGUUACUACUACUGCCAACUGGUGGUGGAGCUCUGAGCUUCAGGUGGAGUGGCCAACCUUUCACAUUGCCGUGGACCGAACCAGCAACCAGUCAGGAUCCUUCCAGGUGGGGAUCUCGACCAAUGAGCUGUUCAAGUCCUGCUCCUCUGGCCUUGGUUCCGCCCUCUUCCUGGAGGUCAGUUACCUGGAGUUCAACCAGAUUGGUCGAAAUAGCAUCGACAAGGUCCGCGCCCGCACCCGGCACCCAAUCAAAGAGCUGCAUUCUCAGACGGUGGAUCUGUUGUGUGCAUUUCAUUUCACAGAGCGAGACUUCAUCAGGGUGGCGCUGCGCUCCCCUCACACAAACCAAGAUGUCAAGUCAUCUGGCCCUCUCUACCUCUCCAGGAUCUUCUCCUAUAAGCUACUGGUGGACAACAUAAACUCCUACAGGUCAGGCUGUGAGGGAGCGAUAUCUGUGCGCCUGGUGACCCCUCCCUGUGCUCUGAUCAGCGGCAAGGUCCUCUUAUUCCGGGACGGAGGUGUGGGGUCCGAGGGAAAGGUGGGCACGGGGGCGGGGGGAGCAGGUGAAGGGGGUGUAGGGGCAGAGGGCCCGCCCCCCUCCGUUCCACUGGCGUUUAAUUGGCUGACACAGGGGGAGAACGAGACAGAAUUCAACUGUUCGGUGUUUGACCCAGGAAGGAAUAAAUACUGCUUCAGAUUUGUGCUCAACUUCAGCCGCUCCCCGAGUCCAGCACAGACCUGCCUGGUGGUAAACCGGAACGCAGAGUCAUGGGGUGUGUGGCAGGCGUGGAGCGUGUGCAGUGUGAGCUGUGGAGAGGGGGUGAGGGAGAGAGUGCGAGAGUGUCUGCUGCCCUCCGGUGGUGGAAGUAUGCAGUGCACCGGCAUGGUCAAGGAACAGUCUCUCUGCUCACUGGAAGACUGUACAGUCCUUCCCGCUCCCUCUCCGUCCCUCCCGCCUCCUCCAGCCUCCUCCUUUCUCGGUGGUAACCUGGUAGUCGUGGCCGGUAUAUCCCUGUGUCUGGCGGUCAUCCUAGCGACCAUCCUGGUCACCCUGUGGCGUAAACUCUGCCGGACACCCCAGUGUAGCUCGGUCCGUCGCGGAUCUAUGCACUCACCUGGGGGACGUAAACUCUCUGACGAGGCCUCCAUCUGUGGGAACAGCCUCCAGAGACCCAGCCUCUCCGACAGCCAGGGGGGCACAGGGCCAGGGCUAGCCCAGAACGAAAGGCCUAACCUGGGGUGCAAACCUCUGCCUCAACCCCCUCCUCUGGUUAUUCCCCUGGUGCAGGACCCAGAUAGACUGUCUCCAUCGGGACAGAAGGUGCUACCGCCAAUCUUUGGGUACCGUCUGGCCCAGCAGCAGUUAAAAGAGAUGAAGAAGAGAGGUUUAAAGGAAGCCACCCAGCUCUAUCACGUCUCACAGAGCCCUGUCCACGACACUCUUCUGGAGGACUCCCCCACCUCCACUCCUACCCAGCCAGGGUUCACCCUCCCUGGGCUCAGCCCCAACCCCAGCCCCCUGGACCUCCAGGAAGAAGAUUCUAAUCUGAGCCGGUUUCGUAUCACCGCCCCUUUCCCCGAGCACAGGGUCCCACAGCGCAGCUCGGUUACUCUGCCAGACAGACUGAGCCCCAGGGUGGAGCUCGUCCUGGGGCCUCCCGUGGCCGGAUACAUGAGAGAAGGUAGGGGAGGAGGAGGCGGGAGCUCCCAACGACGAGACGGCACGGCAGACUGGGUGGAGAUGGUGGAGAGGACUGGGUUAGGAGGGAUGGGAGGAGGAGGCGGGAGCUCCCAACGACGAGACCGCACGGCAGACUGGGUGGAGAUGGUGGAGAGGACUGGGUUAGGAGGGAUGGGUGGAGGAGGCGUUCCCUCCAACUCGUACCAGAAAAACCCAAACUGCAGACGGACAUCCAGCUUUCACGACACCAAGCCCCCACCUCCCCCAGCAGCCCCAUGUCGCCCCCACAGGGAGAGGAGUCAGACCCAGGUGGGUCCCCGCACCAGGACCCUCCCCGAAGGCAGCUGUAGGACCCGAGGAACCUUGGAGACCCAGAACCCAGCCUAUCCCAUCCCAGAGCAGAGCACCCCUGACUGGGCAAGGCCCAAACCGCGACCCCUUUGGCCAGGGGACGACAGGAGAAGACCCUGGGUGGAGACUGGAUGUCCUCUGUUUUCCAGUAACAAACCCAAACACGCUGAAAACAACAACACCUACUUGAUCUCUGACCCUAAACACACAGAGACCAACACUACAACGGCGGCCAUGUUAGGAUCUGAGCUGCUUAGCAACGCUGAACUCACCCUGGAGAGGGAGAGGCGGAGGAUUGGUGAUCGAAGAGAAGGUGGUGAAGAUAGAGGAGAGAGAGGUGGGACUUCAGGUAUAGGUGGACCAGGAUUAGGACCAGGGGUGGGGUCUCGUGGCUGCCCUGCAUACCUCACCCCGGACCGGGCGGAGCGGGCAGAACACAACUGGAACCGUCGAGGCCCUUCCCCGAUUCAGAGAAAUAUCUUGGCCAGGAAGCUGAGAGAAGCUCAGUCUUGCAACACCACCUCCGACCAGCAGGGGUGCCAUAACCAACAGCAGCAGAGGCAGCGCAGCUCCACAUUUAGCGUGUCUGCCAGUGAACAAAGGAAGGGGAGGUGUAGGUCUCUUCCUCUGUCUGGAGACUCCCCCUAUGGACUGACUGAGGCAGAGCAAUGCAUGCUGGAUCUAGAUAUGACCUCGCUAUACCUGGGAGAGGAUGAGUUCUGACCUGUACACACCUAGAGGGGAGGAGAGGAGA